CACUCGAUUUUGGUGGCGCGCCACACGAAGCUGUGUGAUUUUCUGUCACUUGUCUGCUUGUCGAUGUCACCGUGUUUUUAUUUUGAAGAUUAGAAGUUGUUCGUCCAAACUUCGAAAAUGCCCGCCUUACUCGAGAGUUGUGUAGAGUUGUUCGGAACACAAGAUCUUUAUGAAAUUUUAGGUAUCAUAAAGGAAGCUUCUGCAAAUGAAGUAAAGCGAGGAUACUACAAACUGUCUCUGAAAGUCCAUCCAGAUCGAGUCAGCAGCGAUGCCAAGGAAGAAGCAACCCAAAAGUUCCAGGCUCUUGGCAGAAUCUACCGCGUACUGAGUGAUACAAAUCUCAGAGCGCUAUAUGAUGAAACGGGGGAAGUGGACGAUGAAAUUGAUACUGAACAGUGCAAGGACUGGGCUGACUACUGGCGGAUUCUUUUUAAGAAGGUUUCUGUCAAUGACAUCCGAGAGUUUGAAACAAAGUAUCAAGGUUCCAGUGAAGAGCUGGAGGAUCUGAAGGCAUCGUAUUUGGAGUACGAAGGAGACAUGGAGCAAAUCCUAGAGAACGUCCUGUGCUGCACCCACGAAGACGAGUCCCGGUUUGCCGAAAUCCUCACCGAUCUGAUCAACAAAGGAGAACUGCCGGAGUACGAGGCCUUCACAAAGGAGAGCAAGAAACAGAAAUCAGGCCGAAGGAAAAAGGCAAAACAGGAGGCAGAAGAGGCAGAACACCUCUCCAAGGAACUCGGUCUCGGAAAGGAAAACGGCGACGACGCCUUAAUGGCCAUGAUCAAACAACGGCAGCAGUCUCGAGGACAACAGAUGGACAAUUUCAUGGCUGGAUUGGAGGCUAAGUACUGCAAGCCACAGCCAAAGAAGGGCAAGAAGGGCAAAGCAACCAAGAAAAAAUGAUGAGCGACUUGAAAGAAAGACUAGUGAAUUCCAAUCAGUGAUUGAUAGAUAAGACGUCUAGUUCCUAGUAUCUUUUUUCAUGAUAUAAGGUACAGUAGCUCACUGGUUGCCCGUCUUUCCGGGUCAGUGUGCUUAUUUGUGUACUAGUUAACCUGUGAUGGACAUUGACAUGCAGGAUAACUUAGUAGUAAACGUUUGAAACUAGGAUGCACUUUUACCAACCUUUGAUUUCAAUGGUAAUUAGAUCACACAAAAAGGUAUUGCCACUGAUUAUGUGCCACACAAGAGACUUAAGAUUUAAGAAAAACUAGAGAUAAAAUCUCAUUUGAAACUCCGCAUCUAAUGCAAUUUAGCAUUUUUGUCCUGUUAAUAUGAACAUUUGAUAAACAUUAUUUCAGUUGUGAGACGCAGUGUACAAAGGGUUUUUGUUCACUUUUUAUCUAUCUCACUUGUCUCUGCACAUUUUGGCUUUUGUGAGGAAAACGUUUCAGCAUUACUUUCUGCUUGGUGUGCAAACAGUGUUGGUUUUUUUCUGAAAAGGUAAAAAUGUAAGAGCCAUAAUUACCAUGAAUUGUAUAACUAGGACACCCACUCACACCUCACACAUGUAUGCCAUAGGGGUGUACAGUGGAACCGGGAAAAUUUAAACAGACUGGUGAAGGUGACCAGUCCAUGCAAAGUUGAAUAAAGUACAAAAGGUAUUUAACUGAAAAAAAGUGA